AUGCUGGCCAAGUCAGAGGAAACCAUCUGCAGCGUCUCAGCUCUGGCCACGCAAUUAGGGAACCAAAUCUCUGUGCACAUACUCAAUUACCUCAGUACAACCAAAAAUCUCCCUGACGGAUUUCGCGAACUUUCGCAUAUCUUCCUUGAUACCUGUCGCAUGUUAUGGGCCAUCGAGGCUGGAGUGACCGAACUAGCAUCUGCCAAUCGCGCCCUACCCGAUGUUAUAAUUGAAGAAGUGGAAAAGAAAUUUGUCUCCACCUAUCGUGAUUUCCAACAACUUGACAAGAUCAUUUUGAAGCUUAUUCAGUAUGAACAUCGCGGAACACUGGGAAAACUUCAGCGAGGGUGGCAUCGGCCGGGCCAUGACCUCAAUCGCAUUUGCGAAUCGCUGAAGAAGACCACCGAAACCCUACAAAUUAGUGGCAUGGCCUUCCACUGGUCGCUCGGAGACGCACAUCCGGAAGAGUCUGUGGGAAUUGGCUACGCUGGCUUAGCAGCUGCGCUCGAUCGCGUGUCCAAAGGCCGCUCCGUGAUGGGAAUAAACAAGGCCAAGUCCUUCGAGCCUCGAUCCGCAUCGAUCCAAAGCCGAACGCCUGCUUCAAUGCGCUCGACGCCAUCCGUGCGCCCGAAAGCAUCAUUUAACAACUCCCGACUCAAUCAAAGCAUUUGCGAAGAACCUAAAACUAUGGCGGAUGACGCGUCCUCCGUCCUGUCUUUGAACGGUUUCCUGGGCUACCAGCCCCGUGAGACCGAGAAAAUACCCUAUUUCGACCACCGAGGUCUGCCGCGUCGACUAGACAAAACAGACUCAAUAGCCUCUCCCGAGGAGAUUAGCAUCCGCAAUGACAGCUAUUCGGAUUACGAUGCCCGCAGCGCCAAGCUACCGCGGACUCCGCUGGCGCAAAGCGUCAAUAUUAAAGAUGAGACGCGCUAUGGCACAACGUUACUUAUCGAAGCGAUUCGCGAGCGAGCAACGCAGCAUGCCAUCGAAACCUUACUCAAUUCCGGCUGCGACCCCAAUCGCAAAGACGACCAUGGCAAGACAGCGCUAUGCGAAGCCGUGAAAAGCGACCAGCCAUCUAUUGUGACAGCCUUAUUAAAUAAAGGCGCGAAUCCAAACCUCCCAGGACCCGAGCACGUCCUCUGGUCCGCCAUAUACCGCCCAAGCUGCCUGCGCAUCCUGCUCGCACGUGGCGCCGACAUCAAAAAAACCCCUGGUCUCAUGGAACAAGCGACAAGUGUCAACAAUAUCGAAGCCGUACGCAUCCUGCUGCAGGCUAAUAUGGAUCCAAAUUCCAAAAAGGAUGGAAUAUACACACCACUCUGCUCCGCCAUUCGCGAUGACCGCCCAGAUAUCCUUGCCUUGCUACUCCAUCACGGAGCUGACCCUAAUUUGAUGGCAUCUGAGUACCCAGCGUGGAAGUGCAUCACCCACAAACGUCUCCAUCUCCUCCCAGACUUGGUGACAGCCGGCGCAGAUCUCCGUAAACCACCAGGCAUUGUGGAGUGCGCCGUGCAGGAAAACAACACGGAGGCCCUACACUGGCUGGUGGGCCAAGGAGGCGCCAAUCUAAACGACCGCACCAAGCAUGGCCACACAGCCAUAACAACUGCCAUCCAGAAGAACCGUCCAGAAAUGCUGGAAUUGUUAUUGGCAAAUGGUGCCGACCCUAACCUACGCGGCAAAGACUGGCCCAUAUACAUGGCAACUCAAUCGCCGAGUAUGCUACGACACAUUCUGCCUAGCAUAACUGAUCUCUCCGCGCACAAGGGUGUCAUGGAAAAAGCAGUCCAAGCAAAUCAACUAGAAAGCGUCAAAUUACUCCUCGCAGCCGGUGCUAGUGUAGAGUGGAAGAACGGAGGUGUGUUCUCACCGCUGACAACAGCACUGCGCGAGAAACACUGGGCCAUUGUGCGCUAUCUCCUGGACAAGGCUGGUGCCGACCCCAAUGCUCCGGGUGAGCAUUUGCCACUCGUCAAAGCGAUUCGGGCAUGUGACGAUGAAGAUUUUGCCAUGAUUGAGUUGCUUCUCGAGCGGGGCGCUGAUCCCAACAAAUGCUACCGCGACUGGAACGCGAUCAUGCAGGCCAUUGAAAACCGCGAUCUUCGGUUAUUGCGGCUUUUGAUUGAGAAGGGUGGAUUGGUUGAUCUUGCUCAGAAAGAUGAUACCGGCACCACGGUUUUAGACAUGGCUAAUGCUUUUGGCUGGCUGGAAGGUUCUGACCUUUUGUUGAAGAAUGCUCGUCAGUGA